AUGACUGGAGCAAUAGAUAUACUCUUCAUCACUAUCAACCAUAAUAUGUCUUUUAUGGGUAAAACCUGGUGGAUGUUGAUGCUGGUUUUACGUCUGCUGGUUGUCCUGCUGGCCGGCUUCACCCUCUUUAGUGAUGAACAGGAGAGAUUUAUCUGUAACACCAUCCAGCCAGGCUGCUCUAAUGUCUGCUUUGAUGCAUUUGCUCCUGUAUCUGUCCUCCGUCUCUGGUUCUUCCACCUUAUUCUUCUCUGUCUUCCACAUGUACUGUUUGCAACCUAUGUCAUGCAUAAGCUGUUGUCAUAUCCUUACUUUGGAACUUUCUACUGCGACAGGAGUCGAGGAGGUUCACCUUUCCCUCUUGAGAACUCAAGCUACUCACGAGAACUGUCCUUACAUAAAGCUCCAUUUCAUGAUCUCCCACGUGAAUGGGGGACACCACGCUUCUACUGUGCUUACUUCAUUGCUGUAAUUCUUCGGAUACUUCUGGAAGUGGUUUUCAGUGCAGGCCAGUUUUUUCUCUUUGGUUUGUCUGUUCCAAAGAGCUUCCUCUGUUAUGAGGCCCCCUGCACAUCUGGGGUUGAAUGCUACAUCUCUAGACCUACUGAAAAGACCUUAAUGCUCAGAUUCAUGCUGGGGGUUGCCUCUUUGUCCAUUCUGCUAAGUUUGGUUGACAUGAUGAGCUCCCUGAAUGCAAUGGUGAGAUGGAGGAGGAAGAGGGAGAUGCUGAUGGAGGAGAUGAGUAAAGGAGAGCAAAGCAGUAUGUUUACAACGACAACUGUGACUGAAGACAGCGAAGUUCUUUUGACCAGAAGAGUCAGCCCCGGUGGAAGCGCGACGGAUGCUGUCAAAGAUGAAAAACAUACUGCUGGUGUUGUGGCAAAUGGUGAACUCCUUCAAACAAAAGUGAACAGUGAGUCCACCCUUAAAACUAGUGUAUCUGUCAACGAGAAGAGCCAAGACACCGAAGACACUAAGGCAGACAUGUCUCACUCACCAACUCCCAUGAGCACUCCAAUGCCAACCCACUUUGUCCUCCACAGCCAUCUGAGACCUCCACUAUCCCCUCGCCCAGACAGGGGACCACCACUGAACCCCAGAAUUCCAACACCCAUGGGUGCCAAAAAGUUGGGCCAGUACUCCCCAGUGAUAACAAACUCAAGCCAACAGUCUGAUAGCAGUGAAUCUCAGGACAAGAGGGCUUGGGUGUAA